CUCACACGCUCGUCACCCCCCACGCGCAUGCGCAGAAGAGGACCUGGCUCGCUUGAGUGACGGCGACAAGCGACGGCUUAGCUGCCGCGGCUCAGUUUGUAGGUAAACAUGGCGGUGGAGAAGCGGCUGGCGUUUUCUAUCGUACAGUUCCUACGUGAUCAAACGCACGGUGGCGCGUUGAAUUCCGACGAGCAGGAAAGCCUCGAAGUUGCCAUCCAGUGUCUGGAGACCACCUUUAAGAUCAGCGCCAGCGACUGCCACCUGGCGGCGGCGCAGCCCCUCAUGGAGGUCUUCCUCAACUCGCUGCUCAAGAACGACAACCUGAGUUUGCCGCCGACGUCGCCCUCGCCCGAAGACGCAGAGCGAGCCGAGCAGCUGAAGAACGAAGGGAACAACCACAUGAAAGAGGAGAACUACCGAUGCGCGGUGGAGUGCUACACCAAGGCCAUAGACCUGGACCUGAGGAACGCCGUCUACUACUGUAACAGGGCGGCCGCUCACAGUAAGCUGGGUCACUACACGGAGGCGACGGGCGACUGCGAGCGGGCCAUCGGGAUCGAUCCCGGGUACAGCAAAGCGUACGGCAGGAUGGGCCUGGCGCUGACGGCCAUGAACAAAUACCCCGAGGCCAUUUCCUACUUCAAAAAGGCGCUCGUGCUGGACCCGGACAACGACACGUACAAGUCCAACCUGAAGGUGGCCGAGCAGAAGCAGAAGGAAGUCAGCAGCCCCAUGGCCGCCGGUUUGGGGUUCGACAUGGCCAGUUUGAUCAACAAUCCGGCCUUCAUCAGCAUGGCAGCCAGUGUGAUGCAGAACCAGCAAGUGCAACAACUGAUGUCGGGGAUGAUGGCCAACGCCGUGGGGGGGCCGGCCGCCGGCGUGGGAGGGCUCAGCGACAUUUCCAGCCUGAUCGAAGCGGGGCAGCAGUUCGCCCAGCAGAUCCAGCAGCAGAACCCCGAGCUCAUCGAGCAGCUGCGCAAUCACAUCCGGAGUCGAUCCUUCAGCGGCAGCGCCGAGGAGCACUCGUGAUACCUCAGAACCGCACCAAACCAGACUGGACCCGAAAUGAGUGCAGUACGUACUUUUGACUUCAGCGAGUCAAGACGCCGCUGCACGUCAUGUGACACCCACUGUUGCUUUUGAGUCAUGUGACUGACACGCCUGCAUUGUGACAUUGUCAUUGCACUUUAGCGCCACUAAUAAUUCUAUGAUUAAAAAAUAACAAUAAUAAUAAACACUAAAAAGAG